AUGGCUAUUAGGUUAAAUUUGCUGGAAGAAGAACGUAAACACGAUCGUGAUUAUAUAAAAAUACUGGAGGCGAGGGUUGAGAACUUAGAGCGGCAAUUAAAAUACUCUUCUAUUGAACUACGCAACGUACCAGCCCAGAAGAACGAAACUAAAGAAGAUUUGGUGAAACUUGUGAAAGCCACUGGAUCGGCGCUGUCCCUUCCAGUUCGGGACUCAGAUAUCAAAGACAUAUAUAGAGUGCACGGCAAGACUGAGGGUAGACGACCAAUAGUAGCUGAACUGAAUAGCAUUGUGCUGAAAGAUAGCCUAAUUCGUGCUGUCAAAACUUACAAUAAGAGUAAUCCGGGAAGUAAGUUCUCUACCACAAAUUUGAAAAUAAACGGACCGUCUGCACCAGUGUACCUGUCUGAAAUUCUGCCCCCCAAAACAAAGAAAUUAUUUUAUUUGGCCAGGAACGCAGCUACUGCUGGCGGAUACAAAUUCUGCUGGACCUAUAACGGCAGGGUCUACCUUCGCAAAUCUGAAGGAACACCGCAGAUACGUAUAGCCUGUGAAGACGACCUUAAUACUUUAAGUACCCAGUAA